CACUGACGGCGAAUAUGCGUAUUUGCAUGAAUGUACUCUGAUGCUCACACGCACGCGUGCAUGUACCUUACCACUGGCCUAAACGAUAUCGAUGGAACGCGCUAGAAGCAUUUCUUCGGCACCGUUUCUUCAGUGCUGAACGCCUUUCAAACCCUCUUCUUCCUAUCUUGAUUCGAAAUGAAAUCCUCUGUUCCACCAGCAGCGUUUGACGCUCGUGCGUCUUCUCUGGGCACAGAGAAAACCCUUCGGAAGCCUCUGAGACACAGCAAGUCUGCAGCGUAUGCCAGGCAGCAGGCGACAGCUAACCAGGACCCUCGAGGGCCGACAGCAACAACUCUGCUUGUCUCAACUGGGAGGCAGCCCACUGCGUUUCCGCUUCCCCCGCUCAAGCACACCAACCGAGCAAAAAGUGGUGCCACGACCGUCGCAAGAAGGUCCUUCGUCACACAACUUACGGGCGACUGCCAGGGCCGGGAGAACCGCCUCUCCCGGACAACCGCGCCUUCGCGUGCCCCAAGGUGUACAGCGGGAGUGUUGCUUCCUGUGACGGGGGCGUUUACAGCGCCUUCUGACAGCAGAGCUGCUGCUGUGAGUUUCGCCAAAAGUUCUGGAAGCACACUUCCCGAUGUGCAAAAUCAUAUCGGAUCGCUCUCGGACGACACAGACUGGGCAGCCGACCCCGGAACGUCGCUCUCCUGGGCGUCGUCGAAUUCCACGUCGGCGGGCUCCAGCGUCAUCUAUUCCUCAGAAAACCGGCAGCACUCGAGACCAGAGACCCGCAAAAACAACACGAGUGCACCUUCCCGGGCGCAAACGGCCUUGACUCUGACGCGGAUGGCCGGAAGCGGGAGGAAAUCGAAGCAAACUGCGCGUCACCUGAAAGACUUCGAGUGCGUGAGUCUCGUCGACGUCCCGCUGCCGAAACCAGAGCGAACCCCAGUAGACCUGAGUCCCUACAUGGUAGGCUACAGAGAGGAGGGCGACCCCCCGGCAGGGACUGAGAGGUGUUCGGGGAGGCCGCAACCUUCGCAAAACGCUGAUGAUGUUUAG